AUGGCGGACGGGCCGACGGUGCGCGUGUCCCAGGGGGCUCUGCGCGGCAGCAGCGUGCCGGGCGCUUGGGCCAGCAGCUACCUCGCCUUCCGCGGCAUCCCCUACGCACAGCCGCCUGUCGGGGAGCUGCGCUUCAAGCCGCCGCAGCCGGGCGCUCCCUGGAGCGGAGUGCGGGACGCGACCAGCGAGGGCAGCGUGGCUCCCCAGCUGGACGGUGACACGGGCCGCUACAUGGGCGACGAAGACUGCCUCUUCCUCAACGUCUACACGCCGCGGCUUCCUUCGGAGGCCACCAGGGAGCUGCUGCCUGUGAUGGUGUUGGUGCACGGCGGAGGGCUGGUGCAUCUGUCUGGGAGCAGCCAGUGGUGGGGACCGGACUUCCUCGUAAGGCGCGGCGUCGUUAUGGUUUCCUUCAACUACCGGCUCGGAGUACUGGGUUUCCUGGCUACCGGCGACUCCGUGGUGCCCGGCAACAUGGGCUUCAAGGACCAGGUGAUGGCGUUGCGCUGGGUGCGCGACAACAUCGCCAGCUUCGGCGGGGAUCCUGACAACGUCACCAUCUUCGGGGUCAGCGCAGGCGGCUGGUCUUGCCACGCGCUCAUGAUGUCGCCUCUAGCUAAGGGGCUGUUCCGGCGAGUGAUCGCGCAGAGCGGCGUGGCAGUGGGCGACGGCGCGUUCAGCGCGCGGCUGCCGGAGCGCUCGUUCGCGCUGGCUGCCCACCUCGGCCUCACGACAACAGACUCCAGCCAGCUGCUCGACUUCCUGGCGCGCCAGCCCGCCACGGCGCUCGUCGAGAACACUCUUCAAGGUCGCACCGAGGAGGACAAGGCGCGUGGGCUGAUGUUCCCCUUCGUGGGCACCGUGGAGCCGGCGGGAGAGGGCGCCUUCCUGACGCGCCACCCCGAGGACAUCCUGCGCAGCGGCGACUUCCAGCAGCUGCCGCUCAUCACGGGCGCCACCGCCUUCGAGGGCUCACUCUUUCUCCCAGGUCUGCUGAAGGAGCCGAAGAUCGUAACGAAUUACGCUGUGAACCACCGGCUACUCAUUCCAUACAACCUCGGGUGCAGAGGCGAGGACAGGGAUGCAGUGGCAGAGCAGAUACGCAGUUUCUACUUCGGAGACCGAGCGAUUUGUAUGGAAACUAUGAAGGAGCUUUGCAUGCUGCGAGGCGACGCGAUGUUCACCUACCCCGCAGUGAGAGCGGCAACAGCUCACGGUGCUAAGUCUGUGGCACCUGUGUACUUUUACAAAUUAGAUGCCUUCAGAAAAAUGGUCCUAGGAGAUACAGUUCCAGAAGAGGUGAAGCAACAGGCGGAGAAAGCUGAUGCUGCCGGCCAUGGAGCAGACUUAGGAUACCUGUUUCGAUGUGUACUCUAUCCUGAGAUACCAGAGCCAAGUUCUCCUGAUGGGAAGAUCAUUGACACGAUGACACGACUGUGGACAGACUUCGCCAAGACAGGGAGUCCGACGCCUGGGGCGGCGGAGGGCGAACAGCUGCAGUGGCCGGCGUUCAGCGCGGAGGCGGCCGCCUACCUGCUCGUCAGCCCCGGCGGCUUCAGCGUCGUCCACAGGCCUUUCGCCCAGCGGGUCGCUUUCUGGGACAGCUUGUACACCCGGUACAGUGCUUAGCCUGCUGUCUCAUUCUGCAAUAGGAAACAGGAAACUCUAAAUCAAACCGCGUAUUUGGAAUUGCCUUUGUGAAGCACUGUUAAAUUCUUUUCUUAUAAGAUCUGAUUCCAUUAGCACUGUCAGUACAGCAAGUUACUGACGCAGAAAGGUCUCGUGAUGUAUGCGGAUGAACAACCGUAUUCGUACAUUCCAUUAAAUGAACAAACCCACCUCCUCACCAUCUAAAAAAAAUGGCCAAAAUCGUUUCAAAUAUGUGACACUAUUAACACGCCUCAAGGUUCGACCAUUGGUCUCACUUGCAAAUCACCCCCACUUUGAUUUUAACUGUGUCUCUGCAACUAAAUUCUACAAAUUACGGCAAACCGUACAGAUAUCUGCACUCAGGUGGACUCCUAUAUACAGGACGUCAAUAAUUAAGUUCCAGUUUUAAAACGCUGUAGAAACGGUACCACCGCUCAAAAUGACGUCGAAUUUGUAAAAAUUAUUAUUGUUGCAGGGGGAAAUGUCAUGGGACAAAAAGAAGUAAAUAAGUAAAUGGCAUCGCCUACAAAUGCCAGAUGAUUCGCAAUACGACGGUUGUGGUUUCAGUUUCUCAAUGUACGUGACUAUACAAGUUCGGCAGGCAACAGUUGUGGCACUGUUAGUUAAGUAAGGCCAUUCACCACGGCAAGGUCGUACCACAUAGGAUGGGAAAAUCGGUUUUUAAUUGCCAUGGGGCCUAAAACCGCCCAAAAAGCAAAAUGACAUAUUUUGAUUCUCCUGAGGCCAAAACCCGCAUACAAAGCAAAAUGACAUUUGUUUCUAAUUGUCGUGAGACUGGCGCAAGAGAUGUUCAGCAAGUACGCUGUCUACCGUUUUCUGCCACAAGUUGAAAUCGAGAAGCAGCAUGUUCCACAACAUACCGAAGUGUCUCAGGGGUCAAGUUCAGAAUGCGUUGCGCAAUGCGCGGCUUCAGUUCAGCUACGUUCCUAGUUGUAACACUGAAGACAACAUCUUUCAGAUGACCUCGCAGCCAGAAGUCACACGGAUUAAAAGCAGAUGAUCUGGAGGGCCAGGCUGUACGGAAACGAUGGCGGAUAAUUCCAUCAUGUCCGAAAUGGCUCUGCAGCAGCUGCUUCACUGGCUGUGCCGUAUGCGGAGGAGCGCCAUCUUGCAUGAAAAUGAUCCUACCCUCACACCAACGCUGUCGGGGGGUUGGAAUGACAUUGGUGCACAAAAGACUCUCACAGCGUUUACCACUGAUGUUUCAGGUAACAGGGCUCGCAGGAUCAUUUCCUGGAAGAAAUACGGCCCUACGACAAACGAUGCCGUCAAUCUGCACCACACAGUCACCUUCCUAGAAUGAUGUGGUAUCGGUUGAUGUGCCCAAACUCUGCAGUUAUGCUUACUGACAUGUUCUUGAAGAUAGAAAUGGGCUUCGCCUGUUCACACAUUGUCUAUGGCCAUUCACUCUCCUCUUCCAAGCCAGCAAGAAACUCCAAAGCAAACGUUUCUCUUGCUGGCAGGUCAGCAGGAAACAAUUCCCUAAUAUGGGUGAUUUUGUAUGGACAGCGAUGCAUGAUGUUUUGUAGGACUUUAUGCACCGUGCCCGCAGGCAUGUCCAGCGUUCGAGAAAUUUCCCAAGCACUGCAUGUUCGCACACUCCGCUCGAUCCCUCCUGCAAUGGCCACAUCUUCGACAGACGUCAGAUAAACUGCUUUCCUUCCUCUGGACAUUGCACUUGAAAAGAACUUGUCUUUUAGAAUUUUGUAACUUUUUCUCGACACACUUAACAGACAUGGGAUCAAUGCGUUUUUUUCAUACUCUUGAGUGUCUGCAGGGCUACUGGGGCACAGUCACCGUUCUUGUAAAAGAGGCUUACCAGUAAACUGAGGAACAUCCAUGCGCCGCGUAUCGGGUUGAUGUGCAUAUGCUGACGCUUACAGCGCCAUCUAUUGGUCCAGUUUUCAUAAAUUUGUUUUUAUUCCAUGACGUUUUCUCCUUAUCAAUAAUAUACUGUUCAAAUUUAACGUCAUUCUAUGCAGUAGUUCUCUUUCUACAGCGUUUUCAACCUGAACUUUAGUUACGGACACCCUGUACAUCUCUCCUCACGUCAACACGCAACUUAUUGCAACGCAACAAGUUCCCACAUUUCCUCCUUCGAACUCCUUCGAACCCACUUCAUUAACUGCAGAAUUAAGUCCUAUCAUAUGAGCACAGUCUAAACUAAAAGUGUUCAGAAGUACCUGAUUUCAUAAUACGCCUGGAACCUUUUCGUGAUUUGAAGAGAGCGUUUUGAAGUUUACGUGAGUAAGUUACAAGCACUCUACAUGACAACGUACCUGAAGCCCAGAACCGAAAAAUCUUAUCCAUUUUCGAUUAAACUUCUUAGAAACUUGAAAUUCCUAAGAAACUCGUGGUAAGUUCACUUCCAAUCCUUGUCAAACUAGGCCUGUAAGUAAGUUAAUGGGUCUAUAAGUUAAUAAUUAAAUUGUAAUAGAAUUAUUUCUCCACUGUAAUUGUAAAAAAGAUCUAUAGAUGAAUAAAGCUACUUCUACUGCUACUACUACUAUACGAACCAUGAGUAAUCUUUUAGGAAAUUAGGCCAUGAAGGAUAUUACUUUCAUAACUGGCCAAGUCAAGAGGUAAUUUGUUUGAAAAGUUAAUAAGUGUGAUCUAUUUUAAGUUAUUUUCCCAAAUGGGUUAAAUUGAAACACAAUCGUAAAAAUAUAGCCACUGAAAAUAUUGUUAUCUUGUAGUUUAAUGCAUGUGUACUCUUCUUACUCUUGUUCCCCUUUAAAAAUUAGUGGAUAACUUGACCAUCUCUGAAU